AUGACGGCGCCGAUCCUCCCUCACCGCCGCUCGUACCUCACUGUCGAUCCUCCUCCCUCACCACCGCUGCUGAAUGGGCCUCCUCCUUCAUUCUGUAUAUUAUUGGUAUUGUCAUCACAACUCCAGCUAGCAGCGGAGUACCACUUUCCAGAUAAUUUCUGUCUUUUCAAGAACAAAUUAUUCAUCAUCAAUCCAUUCCCAUAUGUUGAAUCCUCUGUGAAUUUUAUUGUAGGUUACUUUCUGACUAAGAUUUUUCAUCCAAACAUUGCAACAAAUGGUGAGAUUUGUGUCAACACAUUGAAAAAGGAUUGGAAUCCAAGUCUUGGGUUACGACAUGUUCUGAUUGUAGUCAGGUGUCUACUGAUAGAACCAUUUCCAGAAUCAGCUCUGAAUGAGCAGGCUGGCAUGAUGUUGCUUGAAAAUUACAAGGAGUACGCCAGGCAUGCUAGACUGUACACUGGAAUUCAUGCUCUUAAGCAAAAAUCAAAGUUUAAAUCAGGAGCUAUUUCAGAGUCGACCACUGCCUUGAAUGUCGACCAGUCAAAUACCUCAGUUCUCAGCGUUGAUGAGAAGAAAGCAAGUUCUGGAGCUGCAUUACCAUUGCCAUCACCAUUGGCUUCAACUACAACAUUCACCAAAGGGGGAAAUGGGCAGGAUCAGUCAGCCUCGUAUAACAAAGAACAUAAUCUGGAAACGAACUUUGGAUCCCUAUCCGAUACAAUUGAGACCGGUACACCAUGCAAUCUUACAAUUUCAUUCACAUAA